AUGGACGCCCAAGCAUAUCUCAUUCGUCACGGCUGGUCCGGCCCCGGCAACCCUUUGAACCCAAAUCAACGCCCAGGUGCGCAUGGAGGUCUCGGCCUAACGAGACCCAUCCUCGUCGCGCGCAAGGCGAACAACCACGGCGUGGGCAAGAAGACCACCAAAGACCCCACAAACCAGUGGUGGCUGCGCGGCUUCGAAGACGCCCUCAAGGGAGUCGGCGACGACAGUUUCGAAGCUACUUCGGCUAAGACGAACAAUGCGUUGACCAGUGAAUUGUACCGCAACUUCGUGCGUGGCGAGUGUCUGGCUGGUACGAUUGAUGACAAAACCAAGACUGCUUCGGAACAGUCUCUUGUGAAAAUGAAGAGGAAGCGCGAUGCAGACGAUGACGCCGAACGUCGCGCCAAGAAGGAGCAGAAAGCCGCGAAGAAAGAGGAGAAGAGUAAGCGGAGGAAGAUGAAGGAGGGCGAGGACUCCUCCCCUGCUUCCAGUGACUCCGCAAAGGAGAGUAAGGAGGAGCGUCGGUUGAGGCGCAAGGAGAAGAAGGAAAAGAAGGAGAAAAAGAGUCACAAGUCUGAUAGCGAGUCUGGGGAUAGUGAUAAGGCUGCGAAGAAGGAGAAGAAGAAGUCGAAGAAGUCGAAGCGAUCGGAUGCUGAAGAGGACUACCCUACACCUAUGUCGACAGAAUCGGAUCAACAGGAGGACACGAUGGAUCUCGAUGAGGUGGCAUUGUCAAAGACCAAGAAGGAGAAGAAAGAAAAGAAGGACAAGAAGGAGAAAACGUCCAAGAAAGACAAAGAAGCGGGAGACUCCAACUCUAAAAGAAGUCUAAGAAGGAUAAGAAGGCUUGAUUUGCAUCUCCCUUUGCAUACAGGCGCAUUGCAUUUUCAACAAAAAGCAUGA